CCAGUCCACAGUUCGUUAUACGAGGCAGCCAAAUCUUGGACUCGAUGGCUUUUGUCUGAGACUUAAGCCUUGACGUAGCCUACAAUUCACCGAGGUUUACCGGCAUCAUGGAUGCCCCAGAGGCGGAUUUCGACAUCAAACUACAGAAGAUCUCAUCCGACCUCCUAGCCGACUUCAACUCCUUCCUCGACGUGCUACACAAGCCGGCCUCGCAACAUGGCGGCGAAAGAAGAGUGAGAUCUCGGGUCAAAAGCCGUGAUGUGUACAACGCGACCCUAUAUUACUUGGACCCCUUCCAGGAGUUGCCGCAGCUUCUUGAUCCUCAUCUCCCCAAAUGGAUCCCUUUCUUGGCCAACACGUAUCUUGCCGCACUGACGACUCGCCACAAGAGCCCUGCUCUGUCCGCCGAAAAGGCAAAGCAUUUCAUCCCCACCACUUCAGCCAUCGCCUUGAUCCUCUAUAGCUUCUGUAAGAUCCGCGGAGAAAAAGUCAUCAAACACUUUUUGAACGUGGAAACCAAAUACCUGGAGAUCCUGCGGUCAGCAAUCGAGGAUGCUGAAGAGAAGGGUACAGGGGCAUGGCAGGAGCGGUACAUUGUUCUUGUCUGGCUGUCUCAUCUCCUCCUCGCACCGUUUGACCUCUCUACCAUCUCAUCCGUCGAUGUGGAAGAUACGCCAGCCAUUCCUGGCUUGGAACUGCGCGAAGGCCUUCCGGGCAUCACCUUGCGCCUUCUGCCACUGGGCAUCAAGUUCCUGUCCUCGCCAGGAAAGGAACGUGAUGGCGCAAAAGCACUUCUCGUCAGGAUCGCCAUGCGUCAGGAUAUGCAAGACCUCGGUGUGCUCGAUAGCCUUGUCAAGUGGGCUCUUGGAUCGCUCAGAGCGGACACUGAGCAGACCUCGUACUACUACCUCGGCAUUCUCUCCUUCAUAGGUGGUAUCCUGCAGUCCACCAUGGACACGGGUAUUAUGCAUGGCCAUCUCAGCGCCAGCUUCACCCGUGUGCACGGCGUUGCGACUGAUGAAGGGAAUGCAAUCGUUAGUUUUGCUCUGGCUCGAAAGAUGGUCAUCAAAAUCAUGAGAUGCCUUGUCGUCUCUGCGCUAAGGCAGGACAGGCUAGGUGACACGGCGAAUGAAAUCACUGAAAUGACGAUUGGCUAUCUUCUCGAAAGUCUCGCGGACAAUGACACACCCGUGCGGUUGGCGGCGAGCAAGGCUCUCAGUGUCAUCACGCUGAAGCUCGAUCCGGAAAUGGCCAGUCAAGUUGUGGAGGCCGUGCUGGAGAGCCUGAACAGAAACAUUCUCUGGAAGAAGACAGCCCAGGGAAAUGUCAGGGACUUGGCGACGGUCGACUCGCUGGAGUGGCACGGACUGAUCCUGACACUAUCACAUCUUCUCUAUCGACGAUCACCGCCGGCAGAACAGUUGCCCGACAUCAUCCAGUCUCUUCUCUUGGGACUUGCGUUUGAACAAAGAGGCACUUCGGGCACGAGUGUUGGCGCCAACGUUCGCGACGCAGCGUGUUUCGGGAUAUGGGCCGUCGCCAGACGUUAUACCACCGCUGAGCUUCUCGCCGUCCCGACAAAGACAUCAACCUCGAUCCUGCAAACAAUGGGCACCGAACUGGUGACGACCGCGUGUCUUGAUCCGGCUGGGAAUAUCAGGAGGGGGUCAUCCGCCGCGCUGCAAGAGCUCAUCGGACGCCACCCAGAUACGGUGGAAAAGGGCAUAUGGGUUGUCCAAACGGUGGACUACCACGCAGUCGCUAGACGUUCGCGCGCCAUGGAAGAAGUUGCACUCGGUGUGACCAAGCUGUCUGCACAAUACGGCGAGGCCAUCCUCAACGCCUUGCUCGGCUGGAGAGGUGUUGGCGACGUCGACGCUGCAUCAAGAAGAAGCGCAGGUGCCGCGUUUGGCGUCUUGACAGCAGCGUUGGCCUUGGACGAUCUCAAUGGCCCUUUUCCGAGAUAUGAAGCCAGUUUCCAGCUGUUCCAGGACAAGUACACCACACUGGAAGCGAGGCAGGUUGAAGAGCGCCAUGGGCUCUUGAUAUGUUAUGCUGCUUUGCUUGACCAGUUCCCGAAGGUCUCCGCCCACGAAGGUGGUCGACACGCUGGAAACGAUGGCCUGGGCCCCUCUCUAUUGGAAAAGAUGCAGGCUAUAGUCACGGCCAUGUUGACAAGCUACAUGGAGAGCACGCACAGACGCGCCGAUCUCAUUGCAGAAGGGCUUAGUCGAGUCGUCGAGUCGCUGGUGCCCCUAUUUCAGUUUAUCACUUUGGGAAACCAAAGCAGUCUGCCACUCUACACUAUGGCGCAGCUAUUAGAGUCCGCCAAAGAGUCCGGUCAUCUGGCCCUAGCCAAUGCUUUAGACGAGCAUGGCGGCUCAGACUCCGAUCUUUCAACUGUCCUGGAUACUAUCAAGCAAGUCGUGCCCAUGUGGCUCUCUCGCACCGAGCCCGAAGCUAUGCAACCAGCUUGCGCGGCCGCCCUAACCCUUCUCAUUUUCUCAACGCCCGCAAAUCGAAAAGCCAUCAUCCAGGAGUGGGCUCAGUCCGUCCGUCACAAACCAAGUAGCCGCACUGCCACACAAGGCGAAGCUUACUUUUACACACUGGCUCUGACGCAACCUCUGAUCUCAAGUCAAGAUGUCGAUAUUGUUUGUGAAACACUGACUGGUCGCUGGGCCGAUGAUCCCGAGGUUGCGACGCGGCUAGCUAUCCUCCAGGGGCUUACUAAAAGUCGCAUCCUACAAGACAAGCCGCUCGCGUUCCUGGGAAUCUUGAAAGAAGGGCUGAACGACUACACCACGACUGCGAGAGGAGAUGUUGGCUCACAUGUUCGCGUCCAAGCGUUGCGGGCAGUCUGUUUCCUGUGGCAAGACGCAGCAUGUCUGUCAAAGGAGUCCAUCGAGACCUUGUUGCACAGUGUGCUACGGCUGUCAGCCGAGAAACUCGACCGCAUACGUCCAGAGGCGCAAAGCGCUCUCGCACUCCUGUUGUCAGGGCACUCUGCGGACCAUUUUCGACACAGCUUAACCUUUUCAUCCCAAGCCUACUUCCACAUUCUUCUCGCCCUCGCCUACAACACCUCCCUACAUCCCCUUGCAGCCUCCUUUGCGGAGGAGGACGAGACAGCAUGGAUGGCCGCCUUGAUGGCAGGCUUUGUGACGUCCGCCGACACCGGCAACGAGGAACUCGUCAUUGCCAGCCGCGCGGCCCUAACAUCCUUUGCCAACGUGUCCGCUUCUAACCUCGACCUCAUCUACGAAGCACUGCUUCAGAACCUCAGGACUCAUCAAGGCAACGACCGCGUCCUCGUGCCCACCCUAGAAAUCACCGCCUUCCUACUCCACGUGGGCUUUGUUGAUACGGACAUCAACUUCAAGUCUCUGUGUUUGCAGACUCAAAAGGCAGGAUACAAAACGGGCAACGUCCGGAAAAUCGAAGCUUGUAUACGUGUAUAUGGCGGGAUCGCCGGGCUUGGCGACGAAAACAUUGCGGGUGUCUCAGAAGCGAAGAAGAGACUAGGUGCGCUGCUGUUCCAUCCUUGGCCCAAGGUGAGGACAAUGGUUGCAGAUGAAAUUUGGGGGCUUGUUGUAGGGAAGGACGACACGGAGGCAGAUGAUGAUUUGCAGAGCAAGGUUCUAGGUGUCGAUUGGGGAGCGGCUGAUAAGACCAAGAUACGAUCACUUGUCCAGGAUCUACAUCUUGAUUAGCAGGAUGGAAAUUUCAAUGGUUUCCGGAGAGAGAUGAUUGCGAAGGAAACUAGCUCCUAUUGUGGCGCGAGGAUGGCCAAUUAGCGGAGCACAUGGGUGAGAUACCUAAGUUGGUUUGAAGAGCAUCCUGAAGAAAGGGGCUACGAUGAGCUAUACCGACAGGGGAAGCAGUUUCUGCUUCAUUCGUCGACUUUCCCAUUUGCUAUGGCGGCAGCUGAUGCCACUGGAGUCGGAAUAUAUCGGUUCAUCGUGGUCAGAUAUCGGUUCCAUCCCGCAUUCUUAGAACCUCGAGACUGCUAGAGGCCAAUAGUUUAA